CAAAAAUGUUACAAUGCAGUGGGAGGGGCAGCCAUAUUGCGGAAGAUCGCAAAUUGAUAAUGCAUCUGGUCAACGAGAUCUUCUUCAUAACACGCACCAUUGAGAGCAAGUUUGGCAUGAUUUAUCACUGUGAGCUGUGCCUGUUGUGUGUUUACUUUUUCAAGCAAUAUUUGUUGUAUGUUAUGCUGGACUCUAUGUGGCACAAGCCCUACUUUCUCUGGAUAAACUUUUUCUAUUGGGUACUAAUGGAGUAUUGUAGCCUUGGCUAUUUCAUCUAUCAGUUGAUUUUGCUCAAUUGGUAUCGCAACUUUAGCUUCUUCUUGCAACGCUUUAUCGAAUAUCAUGGGAGUCAAAGUUUUAUAUCUGGUCGUUACCAUCGCCGUCUGUUGUGGCUUUUCAAAAUACAUUUACGUAUCAACAAUUUACAUCAACAUAUCAAAAAGAAGGUCGCCUGGCUGCCCGCGGCCAUCUACUUAGCAAUUUUUACGAGCAUUUUUAACAUGACGCUGAUGAUUGAGUGCAUCGUCUAUGCUGGGGAUGAAAUCGAGAACAAAGUGUAUAUUAUGUCAGAUGGUUGCCUAGGCCCGGCUGUAAUUCCAAUGCUCAACGUAUUUAUUAUUGGCUUGUGCACUGAUCGAUUACGCAGCGAAGAGUUAACUCAACAGCAGCAGAUUGUACUCAUAAAUAUUUUAUAUGUACGUAAGGCCUUCCCACACGAUCAUACACUCAAGGUGCUCAACAACGAGCACACUUCUUUGAUUGUGCAUCAAAAAUUGGAGCCGUUGCUCAAUGUGAUCAUUUUGGAUACCACCUGUGAUCGUGAAUUUGCCUUUGACUACUUCUUGACAGUGAUUGUAACUGCGCUGUCCUUUGUACAAUACACAGUUUCAACAGGUCGCAUUCUUGAUGAGUGUGUGACUCACAAAUAGGC